AUGAAGCAAAACUCAGACGCGAAAACAUGUUUGCUCUCUGUUUCUGCCCCAGUCACGAAGUUCCAGUAUGUUCACGAACUGAGUAUCAUGUAUUUCAACCACAAUCAAUUGUGUGUCUGCUACGAUAAGGAGCAAAUUUCUGGGCAACAACCUACCCGCAAACAGACGAUCAGGAGCAAAACUUAUGGGCUUAUCGUGCCGGCUCCCAGAACUCAGUAUGUUCUUUACGAAGCUUUUCGGUCAUGGGUGGUGGCGUUGUUAAAGCCGCAAGUGUUUGAUCAAGUGUUUGCUGCAUGGAUUGUUGGAUAUUAA